AUGGCGGCGGCGCGGCAGCGGGGCCCGCGGGGCUCGGCCGUGCUGGAGCUGCCCCGCAAGCCGCGCUUGGUCUGCGUGGAGUACCCGGGGCUCGUCCGGGACGUCGGGGCCAUGCUGCGGACGCUGGGAGGAGAGCAGGGGGUGUCGCGGAUCUACGCUGACCCUGCCAAAAGGCUGGAGCUGUAUUUCCGCCCCAAGGACCCCUACUGCCACCCCGUGUGUGCCAACCGCUUCCCCACCUCCACCAUGCUGCUCAGGGUCACCAGGAGGAGCAAGAAGAAGCAGCAGUUGGACCCUGAGGAACAAAUCCAGCCAGAAGUGCAGUUUGAGAUGGAGAUUCUUGGGAUUGUCACCACUGUUUACAAAUUUCAAGGAAUGUCUGACUUCCAGUACCUGGCAAUGCACUCUGGCCCUGAUGGCAAACAAACCUCCAUGUAUGACAAAGUCCUGAUGCUCAAACCAGAGAAGGAAGAGUUUUUCAAUAAAGAUUUACCUCUUUACAUCCCACCACCUAUUUUCUCACGUCUGGACACUCCUGUGGACUAUUUUUAUCGCCCAGAUAUACAGCACAGGGAGGGAUACAACAAUCCCCAGGUGUCUGGUGAGAACCUGAUUGGCCUCAGCAGGGCCCGGCGCCCACACAAUGCCAUCUUUGUCAACUUUGAUGAUGAGGAAAUCCCAACUAAGCCCCUGGAUGCUGCUGUACAGAACUGGAAGAAAGUGUGCACCAAUCCUGUGGAUAAAAAGGUGGAGGAAGAGCUGAGAAAGCUCUUUGAGGUGCGUCCCGUGUGGUCUCGCAAUGCAGUCAAAGCCAACAUCAGUGUCCAUCCAGACAAGCUGAAGGUGCUGCUGCCUUAUUUGGCCUAUUACAUGUUAACAGGUCCUUGGAGAAGCUUGUGGGUGAGGUUUGGGUAUGACCCCAGGAAACACCCCGAAGCAAAGAUUUAUCAAGUGCUGGACUUCCGAAUUCGCUGUGGAAUGAAAUAUGGUUAUGCUGCUACUGACAUGCCUGUGAAAGCAAAACGCAGCACGUACAACUACAGCUUGCCCAUCACUGUCAAGAAACAAGGAAGUCACACAGUCAGUGUCCAUGACCUGAAACAGGGGCUGGGUUCAGCUGGUACAUCUGGGGCGAAAAAGCCCCCCUCCAGCAGGUAUAAGCUGAAGGAAUCUGUCUACAUUUUCCGAGAAGGAGCCUUGCCCCCUUACCGCCAGAUGUUCUACCAGCUGUGUGACUUAAAUGUGGAAAGCCUGCAGAAGAUCAUCCAUCGGAAUGACGGCACCGAGUCGGAAUGCACAGAGCGGGACGGGUGGUGCCUUGCCAAGACAAGUGAUGACCUCAGGGACAGCAUGUCCCUGAUGAUAAAACAGAUCAUCAGAUCCACCAGACCUGCUCUUUUCUCAAAUACAACAAGUAGUGAAGAUGGCAAAGAGCAGCUGGCAUAUGAGUCUGGAGAGGAUGAGGAUGAUGAAGAGGAGGAGGAAGAGGACUUCAAGCCUUCUGAUGGGAGUGAAAAUGAAAUGGAGACAGAAAUUCUGGACUAUGUGUGAACUCAGUAAGCAGUGUGGCUGCUGUGGACAGAACUGUCUCUGCUCUUGCUCCUUGAGAGUCAAGGGUUCAGCAUCAGGAUCUGGGAAGGCAGAGCUUGUACUAAGCUGAUGAUGUUCUCUGCACUCACUGCUGGAAGGCCGCAUUCUGGGUGUUUGGGAGCCACUGCUGCAUUUUCAGAAUUGCUGGCUGAGAAACCCUCCAGCAAGCUCAACAAACGCCCAAGAGCGAGCCCAGAAUCCAAACCAGCUGGAAACACACCAGAACAUGGGAGAAGCUGCAUUCCCAAAUCUCUCUGUGUGUGGGAGUGCACUCUUUCCAGGUUGGUGGCCAUGUGGGAAAUAAAAGAAGUGCCUGAGGAGAUGCUGGGAGAAGAAGCAGUCCAGUGCUCCUGGAGUCCCUAAGGCAGGUUCUGCCCUUCUGCUUGUCCAGAGGGAGUGAAAAUACUGAGCCAUGCCUUCAGCACUGAGCCUUGCUGGUCAUCUUGGAAAUAAAGCCAGCAGGAAAAUA